UUGCCUUGCCUUGCCUUGCCUUGCAGGUCACCUCAACGUAGUUACGUACUUCGGCAAGGUUCUGAUUCCAGGUUACUUUGAUAGAAUAUCCAAAACAAUAUUGUAAUUCGACUUGCUUUUUGCCUUUUUUUUGCCCUUUGCUUUGCUUUUCUCUUCUUUUUUCUAUCAAGUCUUAUUAUCAGAUAUUCAUUAUCGUCAAUUCGUCCGUCUAAACCACACUUGAAAUAUUUAAUCAGAUAUCUCCCAUUCAGCGCUGUUGAUGAACUACCAAAAUACCCUUAUCUACAUCUCGGCGCGGCAUGGUAACGUGACUUGCGGUGCUGAGACGAGAACGCAACGAUGGAACCCAACGUCCAGCGCCUUCUUAACGACAAGCUAUAUGACAAGAGGAAGACCGGCGCCCUUGAGCUCGAACGCUCCAUCCGAGAGCUUGUAGUUCUCAAGGACUACAAUAGGGUUAAGGAUAUCCUCGAGCAGUUGUGUAACGAAUAUGCUUAUGCUGUCCACCAACCUCAUGCGCGCAACGGAGGCUUGAUAGGUCUGGCUGCCGCCGCGAUUGCCCUCGGCCCAGAAUUACCGAGAUACCUCGAAGUGAUAGUACCGCCUGUACUGGCUUGUUUCACAGACCAAGAUGCUCGUGUUCGCUAUUAUGCUUGCGAAUCUAUGUACAACAUUGCCAAAGUCGCCAAGGGGGAGAUUUUGAAGUAUUUUAAUCAUAUAUUUGAUGCUCUAUGCAAGCUAGGCGCAGACUCCGAACUCUCUGUGAAAAAUGGCGCCGAACUUCUCGAUCGCCUUAUCAAGGACAUCGUCUCUGAGUCUGCAGCUACAUAUGUGUCCGUGCUUGAGAGUGAACAGCCCCCACCUUAUGAAGCCAAGGACUCUGGCUCAAUCACUUCACCAAAUUUAAACCUUCCAACAGCUUUCUCCCUGCCGGAUUUUAUCCCCCUCCUCAAAGAACGGAUAUGGGUUAUGAACCCGUUUACUAGAACGUUCCUUGUUGGAUGGAUUACUCUGCUUGACUCGAUUCCAGACCUCGAAUUGGUUACGUACCUACCCGAGUUCCUGGGAGGCUUGCUCAAGUUUGUCAGCGGCAACAAUGCCGAUGUUCAUGCGGCCACCCAAGCCUGUCUGGAUAAGUUCUUGAACGAGAUCAAGAGGAUUUCCCGAGUAAAGAAAGGGAUCGCCGAAAGCAGGAAAUCAAAGGGGGAGGGAAAGAGAAAACGAGAGGACUCUGUCGACAGCGGUAGUAUGCGUCAGGCGGACGAUGCUGAUGAAGCGGGAUCUGCUACUGCUAAUGAGGACGAUGAUGAAGUCAGCAGCGAGGACGACUGGAUUCCGGGGCAGGAUGUGCAGAUCAACUAUAAGGCCAUUCUUGAGAUUCUCACCGCGACGCUUGACUCUCCACUGGAGGAAGAUAGUCUCCUAGAGAGUCUGCGAUGGAUAGUCUCCUUUCUAGACAUCUGCCCCGAAGAGGUCUUACCGUUUACUCCCAAAAUAUUAGCUCAUCUCCUCCCAGCGAUGGCUAGCGGGGUCGAGUCGAUUCGGCUAGCUGCGACAAGGGUGAACACGUCGCUCAUGGAAUACGUUGUUUCUCUGGCGGAUGAAAACGAAGUCUCCCCUGGUCAAUCGACGUCACGACUCUCUGCACCUGCUACUGACCGCCCCGAGGGAGUGUCUAGUACGCGAGCCUCCUUGUCGAGCAAUCGCGAAAUCGAUCUACGUAGUCCCACGCCAGCUCAGCAUCGCCGAGCAUCAACGCCCGCCCAACAAGCCCAGCCCCAGCCGGACUUGGAUUAUGCUGCUGCCGUCAAUUCUCUUACCUUACUAUUUUUGAACGACCACGAGGCAACUCGUGUUGCUGCACUAACUUGGCUUAUUAUGUUGCAUCGAAAAGCACCUAGAAAGAUCGUUGCGUUCAAUGACGGGACAUUUCCCGCCCUCCUCAAGACACUUUCUGAUCCAGCAGAAGCUGUCGUAACCAAAGACUUGCAACUACUAUCGCAAAUAUCGAGAAACAGCGAAGACGACUAUUUUUCAAACUUCAUGGUCAGCCUCCUACAGCUUUUCUCCACUGAUAGAAAGUUAUUAGAGACUCGAGGGAACCUAAUUAUCCGCCAAUUGUGCAUGACUUUGAGUCCCGAGAGGAUAUAUCGUACUUUAGCCGAAGCGAUCGAAAAAGAAGAGGAUGUCGAGUUUGCCAGCAUUAUGGUGCAGAACCUCAACAACAAUCUCAUUACGGCGCCGGAGUUGGCUGACCUCAGGAAACGGUUAAGGAAUCUAGAAACCAAGGAAGGCCAAACCUUCUUCGUCGCCCUAUUUCGCUCUUGGUGUUAUAAUGCGGUGGCGACUUUUUCCCUAUGUCUACUCGCUCAGGCGUACGAGGCUGCAUAUAAUCUCCUACAGAUCUUUGCGGAGCUGGAGAUGACAGUUAAUAUUCUUAUUCAGAUCGACAAGCUUGUCCAGCUGAUCGAGUCCCCUGUUUUCACAUAUCUUCGACUACAGCUUCUCGAGCCCGAGAAAUACCCGUACCUCUACAAAUGUCUAUAUGGAAUUUUGAUGCUUUUGCCGCAGUCCUCUGCCUUUGCCGCACUCAAAAACAGAUUGAACAGCGUAAGCUCGAUAGGAUACUUGCAAAUCGGGCCUCGACCUCCUGCCGCUACACCUAGUAGUUCAAAUUAUGACCGCCCGAACAGGUUAGGUAAGGGCCGCGAAGACAACACGAUUAGGUGGGACCAGCUCUUGGAAAAGUUCAGGAGCGUACAGGACAAGGCGAGGCGAGCACAGAGGAUGCUGAACGGCAGGAAUCUCGACGACGGGCCAGACUUCGGCGGACUACGCAUCACGGAAAGGGAACCUCCACGGCCGGCGCCCAUCCCAGCCGUAUCGCCGAAAGACUCGAUACCACCUGCUGCCCCACCGCCGAAGCGUUCGAGUUUAGGAAAACAGUUCGGACGACUUGGCGCGUCGGUUUCUGGUAGAGGGAAACGAUCACAGCAACAAUAGAGUUGGAGUAGAUUAUGGCGUCGGAUUGUGCGAUCACUUGUUUACAUCAUUAUAGAAGGGUAUGCGAGAUAUUGAGAUGCUAACUUGUUGUACCACGAGGAAGGUGAUUUUUGUAGAAGCGCUUCGUUAGAUCAUCAUGUAUGUCUUGUAUCGAGUACUAUCAUCAUUUGUACAGCGGAGGGGGGAUACCUGAAGAGCACAUACAAAUAGUAAUGGUAAUAAUGGCGUUCAUACAUAGAUACACGUAUAUUCACGUUGCUUUAGGGACCAGU